AUGGGUGGGAUGGAUGGAGACGCGGGCGCGACGGCGGCGGAUAACGUCGGACGGGCGUUCGACGGCGGCGACGCGUUGUUCGACCUCGCGGGCGGGGAGGUGCCGUUCUGGGCGAACAUGGUGAAGUACGCGCGAUUUUCAAUCUCCAUCAUGGUUGGGUUCGCGUACAUGUUCGGUCGGCCGGUGGUGGCGCUGAUGAAGAAGCCGCAGACGGCGGCGCUCGUGGCGCUCGCGGCGGGGGGCGGGUACGUCUUCUUCAAGUUUACGAUUGAAACCAUGCUCGGCCUGAACGACGUCGAGACGCUUUGA